GCCUAUGCUUUACCUAACUACAUCGAAUCUGAGCUGUUGUUAGCCCAAAUGCGUGCAGCUUUGAUCGAUACACGCACGCUAACUCCCGCCGAGUCCACAUGCGCUACGAAAUAUAAAAAUAGCACACGACAAAUCAACAAUUGGAUGACCAGUCAAACGAACGCCUGUUUCGAGAAUGCGAAUCACACUCUGGACGAUAACAACACAACUGUCGUCAAUCAAAAUGUUGCUCCCAUACGCGAGCGUUUAGAAGAAGUGCAGCAGCAAUUGGCAAACUGCACGGCUAUAACUGAUGUGUUGCAAUUCCUCAAUUGCACCACGGCAUCUUUCGAUAACAACAUUCAUCUUCUGGAUAAGGCCAACACUCAGGCAAGCCAAGUGGAAGCGCAAAUAGCAGCCGAAGAGUCGUUAGGAGCUGUUAAGCGCCAUGCCUGCGUCAGCGCAAUCAUUGGUAACGGCAAGACUAAUCUCACUACGGCGGCUAAUGACUACCAGACAUGCUUGAGUCAAAUUGCAAAUCAAAGUGAAUCGCACAUGGUGCUCUACUAAGAAGGCCAGCAAAUGAUUACGAUUU